AAUUGAAGUCACUAUGGGAUCGUUGUUUUCUACAUUCGUAUAGUUGAAUCACACUGUAAAGAUAAGAGACAAUAUCACACAGAACACUAUGCAUUGGUAUGGAGUCCUCCAAGGAGUCCUCCUGGCAAUUACAUCGAUAAUCAUUUUAUGGGCGCAAGGAGUCGUUGCCUUGCCACUAGCUCCAUCCGAUCCAGAGUCACUUCCAAUCGCCAAGGCGGAUGAUGUUCCGGCGGAGAGAGCUCCAAGGCAGGUCAAACCAGAUCAGUUCGAUAUUUUCAAGAUGGAUCGUACCUCUAAUAACCAAAUGCAGCAGAAAUCUGACGGCUUUAGAGUAUUCGCAAAGAAACUACAGGACGACUAUCGUCGCAGAGAUGGCUACAAUGCAACUAGUGUGCCACCAAUUACUGUGACCAAGGGAAGCAUUCCUGCUCCUAAGAAAAUCCAUAAAAGCGGAAUACGACUAUUUGCUUCUCCAGAAGAGCCAGAAGCUCCACCUGCCGACGCAGGAGCUGGAGGGGCAGAAGGAGGGGCUGAUGCUGGGGCUGCAGGAGGUGGAAAUAAAACUGCCAAAGAGCUGACCGUCAGCGUGGAAAAAUUCGUUACCAACGAGCAUGGGGAGAAAGUGUACAAUGCUUGGGGUGUCACCUUUGGUGAUCAAUUCUUUGACACCCGUUUCGCCCCGGGUCAAUUUGUGCGGCUAACAUUGAAUCCGAAACCGAUCACGAACUACUACCCAAAAAUGGAGAAUCUGACCACAGUCUGCUUGAACAGAUCGACCAUCUACAACGAGAUUAAGAUCGAAAAGUGGCUGAUGCGCCACGUCUACAGCAGGAAGAAGAAAGUGCGCCCCUUCGUUUUCUCCCUGCGCCAGCAGCUCUACGAGAAGGGGGAUUCGGAGCAGUGCCACAAUGAGUCCUUCAGUGACUGGUUAUUGUACCAGGAGUGCGCCAUUAGACGCAAUCAGCGCAUGGAGUACUUCAUCCCCAAGUAUCCGCGACACCAACUUGCCAUUAACUAAGAUCAUCCAAGAUCUCAAAUUCAAAUUUAAAUUUCAGUUAGAUACUCAAUCAUGCUCUAUCUUCAUCAGAAAUCGGGGAAAUCUUUGUUAUUCCUGAUCUUUCCCUUCAUAAAAAUGCAAAUUCAAAAAUUUUAUUUGUUUAUGGCUGAAGAUAUAAAUAUAUUUUAUUUUCUUAGUACGCAGCGUGGAUAAAUUUAA